GGGUGACGGCGGACGAUAAUCCCGUAGCUACUUCUUAACGAUCUUCUUGACAAUCUUCUUAUCUUGGCGAUCUGAGACAUGGCUUUCUCCUCUCCGGACUAUAUCAUCGUGGGUGGCGGCACAUCAGGCCUCGUCGUCGCCAAUCGUUUGUCCGAAAAGUCCGAUGUCCAAGUAUUGGUACUUGAGGCCGGCAAUGACCUCUCCGCCGAUCCUCGGGUUACCAUUCCUGCUCUCUUCACAUCCCUCAUGGGUUCCGAUGCCGACUGGCAAUAUAAAUCCAUUUCGCAACCAGGCUUAGGAGGUCGGUCUAUCCAGGAGCCACAGGGAAAAGCACUCGGUGGCUCUUCAGCCAUCAACGCCCAGGCAUUUAUCGCUCCAGCUCAAGCCGACAUCGAUGCAUGGGCGAAGCUGGGUAAUCCCGGAUGGGACUGGGCUGGGCUUGCGCCGUUUUAUAAAAGGUCAUACACGCUGAUACCACCCUCGAAUCAAGCCACGCUCGAGCAUCUCGGCAUUGAUUGGAUCGAUGAUGAAUACCGUGGUACUUCGGGGCCUCUUAAAGUGACAUUCCCAGGCGUUAUUGAAAAUCCUCUAUGCAAGGCAUGGAUCGACGCAUUCCGUGGUUUAGAUAAAGCCACAAACGCCGAUCCAUUUUCGGGAAAAUCGAUUGGAGGCUACAGUAACACGGCAACCGUCGACCCAGAAACCAAAACACGGAGUUACUCUUACUCGGCAUAUGGGGCUCCUGCUAGCGAAAGACCCAACGUGAAGAUUCUUACACAUGCCAAGACUCUGAGAAUCAUAUUCACAAAGACCAAUUCCGGCACAGUCGAGGCCACAGGCGUUCAAGUCUUGAUCGAAGGUAAUAUCGAGACAUUUACGCCAAAUAAAGAGGUUAUUCUUGCCGCCGGUGUGUUCAAUACACCGAAGCUUCUCGAGCUCUCUGGAAUCGGUGAUGGGAAGCUCCUCGAGCAUCAUGGGAUUCCCGUUCACGUAGAUCUUCCAGGCGUAGGAGAGAAUCUACAAGAUCACUUGAUGACGGGAAUGAGCUAUGAAGUAAUCGACGGUGUCAUCACAGGGGAUCCUCUCUUGCGGCAAGAACCCGAAGCACUCGCCUUAGCCCAGAAGCUCUACGUCGAGCAGAAAGCCGGUCCCUUCACCAUCGGUGGCAUGCAGUCUCACGCCUUCAUGCCUACUCCAAACGCCGCCGAGCUACUUGACCAGCUUCCCCAAUCUCUGAAGCCUGAAGAUAAAGAGUAUUAUGACAUAGUCCGUUCUAUUCUUGAGAAACCGGACGGUAGCUCGGCCGGGUGGCUCAUGUUCCUAGCACAGGCGAACCUGCACGAGCACGGCUCGAGCUUCGUCGGCUCGAAAUUACUCCCUGAGAACUUCGCUAGCCUAGCCUGCGUGCAGUCGCACCCUUUCUCCAGAGGCACAACACACAUCUCCUCCGCGGACAUCGACGCCGUACCCAGCAUCGAUCCACGGUACUUCUCACACCCCGCCGAUCUAGAAAUCAUGGCGCGUCAUGUCCAAUCGCUAGACACUCAGCUACGCCCAUCGAAGCCACUAGCGGCGUUCUUCAAGCCCGACGGGAAGCGGAACCAUCCAGAUGCCUUCCACAUCGGAGAUUUGGAUGGGGCGAAGAAAUAUAUCCUAGACACGGCGGUCACUGCGUACCAUAGUUGUGGCUCGGCGGCGAUGUUGCCUAGGGAGAAAGGAGGGGUGGUGGAUCCGAGGCUGGUCGUGUACGGGACGGAGAAUCUGCGUGUUGUCGAUGCGAGUAUCUUCCCGCUGAUCCCUCGUGGUAAUAUUAUGUCUUCUGUAUAUGCUGUAGCUGAGAAGGCUGCGGAUAUCAUUAAGGGACGUUGAAGAAAUCAAUAUCUGAUAGCUGGUGCGCAAGAGAUUGAUUCAUACAAUCAUAUAUGAUGACACACUCCUGGCCUUGUAUCAACCAACUCAACUUAACGUCCACCUGCUGGAAUCGUAAAUCUGUGGAUAGGAGGUAUACGGUAUGCUACGUACCUUUGCUACUGAUCUAAGCUUUAGUCAUAAUGAGUCCACAUCUUGAUUCUCCUUGGAUCUAUCUCUAGC